AUGGCCUUUGCAGAUGUCGCAGAAGACGCUGACUACUUGAGGACGCCUUCAUUCUUUGGAUAUAAUGAGCUUGGAGUGGAGCAACCCUGCUUUGAACAUGCACGGGAAGAUAUACCAGGUGGCCUACUUCCAUGGGAUUGGGUUGCUUCCUCUUCUGGAUUUGUCACCACGAACUCCACGGGCCUUCAAGGCUCGGAUGUCUCAACGCCAGACUUCAGUCAGCCCAGGAAUACUGAAAUUCCUAACAGCCUCUUGAACCAAACUAGCCUUGGUAGUAUGCAACCAUCAUUCGCAUCAUAUACAGCCCAGCAGUCUUCCGAGUUCAUUUAUCCCAUACAAGAGACUCCUAUGGCCGAGAACAUUAUACCAAACUUUAGCCAAAGCUACAACAGCCAAGGAAAUCUAGAUUCCUUCAAACAGUCAGAUCUAAACCGUGCUCACUCGGCGCUGGAGUCGAACAAGAAGGCAGCACGUGGGAGAAGGCCCAGACACAGACAGCCUCUUUGCGACACAAAGAGUCCACGAGAAAGGGAAACACAGUUAAAUAAUGCUGGGUAUAGAUGGCCUCUGAGCGCUCCGGAACGAAACCGACACGCUGCUGCCAAGUGUCGUGCUCGGAAGCAGAAUCAAGAAAAUGCUUUGGCCACUGAGGUGGAAAUAUUGGAAGGUCGGCAUCAGCAACUCUCUUCUUGCUAUAACGACCUCAUUGAGCAAGUUUACCACCUCAAGUCAGAGAUUUUGAGGCAUAGCAACUGCAACUGCGCUCUUAUUCAACAAUAUAUUAGGAGUGAAGCACCCAAAUCAGUGGAUGUCCCGAUGAUGAAAACGUCUUCAUCCAGCGACACGGCCACCACAAUCCCAUGGGGUGAUGCCCUUGGUGGCAACCAUAAUUCACAAGGAGGGUUAAUGGAGCUAAACAGUCUAACACGGGGCUAUACCAUGUUAUCGGGCGUAUCAUGGCUUUGA